UGCUCGUUGCAUGGUAGCGAUUUCCACGCGUUAGGUGAUCCAUCGGUGUCACGAGGCUACAUAUACUACGACUGGUUGCUAAUUCCAAACGCACAAGCAAGCUCAGUAAGCAACGCCAUGGGGAUGAAGCGAUGCAUCCUUCCCAGCAUCCUGCUGAUGCUUUCACUGGAGGCAGCCCUCCUCGUCGCCGGCCGCCCCUCUGUCGACGGCGAGGUGGGUGCCAUUCUCCUGCCGAGCCAAGGCCAAGUUGCAGACCAGCAAGCAGCCAUGGCGGCGCCGAAGAGGCCGUGGAAGUGCUGCGACCGCGCGCGGUGCACCAGGUCCAUCCCGCCGAUCUGCACCUGCGUGGACGAGGCGUUCGAGUGCGCCUCCACCUGCAAGGCAUGCGUGCCGUCGACGCGGAACCCGUCCCUCCAGGUCUGCGAGGAUCAGUACGUCGGCGACCCCGGGCCCAUCUGCCGGCCGUGGGAGUGCUGCGACUCGGCCGCGUGCACCAAGACAGACCCGCCGACGUGCCGCUGCGGGGACGAGGUCGAGCGGUGCGCUCCGACCUGCAAGACCUGCGAGCCGUCCACGUCGGACCCAUCCCUCAACGUCUGCAGGGACGCGUACACCGGGGCCAUCCCGCCCACAUGCACGCCAGAGGCGGUUGCCGCCGGCGGUAACUAGCACGCGCGUCGUCUCUACUCCUGCCUUGCUGCUGCAGCAGCCUGCACUUUGUGACUAUAUAAAAUAAAAUUUGGAUAAGCAACCAUGAAUACGCCAGCAGGUGUUAUUUAAUCUUCUUAAUAACUAAAUGGUGCUCGUUUCUUACGUUUCA